AUGACAUUCAAUUCAUUUUAUAAUUGGAAUUAUCAACAAAUCUUGGUGGAUGAAGCGAGACGUCCAAGAGCAGUUACAAUAAACGAGCGAGAUCCUGAGAUUGCUUUGAAAAAAAUUACUGCAUGGUUAACUCUACAUUACCCUGGACUUCAUGUUAAUCAUGUAGAAUUGACCAAACCUGACCAACGAGUAUAUGCUCGAGCCAAUUUUCGUACAGCUUUGAAUCAACAAAAAGUUGUUCUUUUCGAUGUAACUGCUGCAGCAAACGGCUUUAUGAAUACAAAUAUACGGAUGUUUUCACCUGGAACAGUUGUCCGUAUAUGGCCAGGAACAAGAACAACACCUACGCGACAUGAAAUUCUUAUAUAA